GGGUCACCAUCCCCACCCAAGGGGCCUAGGGAGUAUCAUUUCCAUCUUCUCCUGCCCACCACACAACACCUUGCCCCUCUGCUGGAGAGAGGGAGCCUGACUCAUCUUCUCACUCAGAUGGUAAAGACCCAGCUGAAGAGAAACUGAAAAUCUCUUCACUCCUGAAGUACCACAGUGAAUGAGCAAGUCCUCUCAACUGACUUACAAUGUAUGCUACACCCAGGAGAUGGCACUCACGAAGGGCUCCUCUGGCCAGCGGACAUUCGUAUCUGCCGUCCUCAGCAUGCUAUCACUCAGCCUCUCCACAACAUCCCUGCUCAGCAGCUACUGGUUUGUGGGCACACAGAAGGUGCCCAAGCCCCUGUGCGGAAAAGGUCUGGCAACCAAGUGCUUUGACAUGCCACUGUCCCUGGAGGGCAGUGUCACCAACAACACAUCAGCCCAGGAGGUGGUACAAUACAGCUGGGAGACUGGGGAUGACCGCUUCUCCUUCCUUACCUUCCGAAGUGGCAUGUGGCUGUCCUGUGAGGAAAUCCUGGAAGAACCAGGGGAGAGGUGCCGAAGUUUCCUUGAACUCACACCACCAGCCCAGAGAGGUGAGAAAGGACUACUGGAAUUUCCCGCGUUGCAAGGCCUGUGUCACCCCGCUUUCCGAUUUGGAGGGUUGAUGGAGAACGCUCUCCUCCCCCGCCUUCCCUUGGGGCUCGUGGCAAAGAUCCUCCGGCUGUCGCUGGCUGCCCAGAUCACCUACAUCUGCCUUCAGCUCAUCAGCUUCCUCCUGCUGCUGACAGACUUGCUACUCACCUGGAACCCAGGUUUCGGGCUCAAGCUGAGCGCUUUUGCAGCCACUUCCUCGGUGCUGUCCGGUCUUCUGGGGAUGGUGGCCCACAUGAUGUAUUCCCAAGUCUUCCAGGCCACUGCCAAAAUGGGUCCAGAAGACUGGAGACCACAUGCCUGGAAUUAUGGUUGGGCCUUCUACAUGGCCUGGGUUUCCUUCACCUGCUGCAUGGCAUCGGCUGUCACUACCUUCAACGCGUACACCAGGAUGAUGCUGGAGUUCAAGCGCAGGCACAGUAAGAGCUUCAAAGGAAACCCGGGUUGCCUGCCCGAUCACCACCAGUGUCUCCUCCUGCAGCGGUCAUGUGAUGCCUGCCGGGGUCCUUUGCCCAGCUACCACCAGUACCGCAAUCAGCCCGUCCAUUCCGUCUCAGAAAGUGUGGACUUUUACUCAGCGCUACAAGACAAGGCAUCUCAGCGAGGGACCAGCCCGGAGCUGAGAGAAGGGGCUGAGUCCUCCAUAAAGGAAGAGCAGUGCUAGGAGUUAAGUGGGUUUGGAGAGCAGGCUGAGCCCCACCUUCCAUGUUUGCUUGUUAUCAACAUCUGCUUAAGCCAA